AUGUCUUCAGCCCUCUCCAUCAACACGAUGUCCACCCCUAUUCCAACUCAGGCAGACAACCUGCCACCUUUCGACGCCAUUGAGAUCGUCACCCGCAACGACGCUUCCAGUGUCUGGGGAUUUAAGCACUGGUUGCGCGAGAUUCAGGUCAUCCUUACAAACCUCAAUCUCUUGGCUAUCAUUAGCCGUGACCUCCAGCGUCCCACUCGCGACCACCCCCACUAUCAGAAUUGGCUGCUAUGGUCCAACGCCAUUGGUCAUUGGUUGGUGUGCAAUGUGACUGAACGGAAUUCCUCUAUCAUUGUGUCUAUGCAUCGUGGCCUUCAGCUCGCCGACGAAAUGUGGUACUACAUUGAAUGCUUGCAAUGGACUGAGGAACACUCUACCAGACGCGCGGAGUUCGGCAAGCUUUGGGGCAUGAAACGAGACCAAUUCGACACCCUUACGGCUACGUCUCUGCCUGAGGCACACACGCUAUGUUCUGCGGCCAUCUCGAUGCCGUCUUCAACUGGCACACCGCCACCAAGGAGCACCUUGUUCCAGGGCCAUCUCACCGGCAUCCUUGACGCUCUCAAGGAGCGCAACUAG